GUUGCAGGUAGCGGUAGCGAUGGACGCUCUGGAUCGAGUAGUAAAGCCCAAAACGAAAAGAGCCAAGAGAUUCCUUGAGAAGAGAGAACUGAAACUCAAUGAAAAUAUUAAAAAUGCCCUGCUGAUUAAAGGGGGAAAUGCAAAUGCAACAGUGACACAAGUACUUAAAGAUGUGUCUGCACUGAAAAAACCAUACAGUGUACUGUAUAAAGAGAAAAAUAUUACAAGACCUUUUGAGGAUCAGACAUCACUGGAAUUCUUUUCAAAGAAGUCAGAUUAUUCUUUAUUCAUGUUUGGCUCCCAUAAUAAGAAGUGGCCAAAUAAUCUAGUCAUAGGUCGCAUGUAUGACUACCAUGUGCUGGAUAUGAUUGAAUUCGGUAUUGAGAAUUUUGUUUCUCUAAAAGACGUUAAGAACAGUAAAUGCCCUGAGGGAACAAAACUCAUGUUAAUAUUUGCUGGUGAUGAUUUUGAUGUAGCAGAAGAUUAUAGAAGACUAAAAAGUCUUCUUGUUGAUUUCUUCAGAGGUCGCACAGUGUCAAAUAUCCGCCUGGCUGGAUUAAAAUAUGUUCUGCACUUCACUGCACUGAAUGGGAAGAUUUACUUUCUUACU